AACUUCUUACCCUGGACCCUCAUUCGGAUCUUCAGGCACCAGAAGACCACACACUCCAACAACACCAGAACAACUCUACCACGAUGCCCGAGUUCGUCAGCACUCCGCUCUUCGGCGGCGCAAUUGUCGCCGACCUACCCUCCACCUUUGCCGACGUCAGCAAGUUGCGACAGGUCCCGGACAAUCAAGAGGUUUGGAUCGACCAGGAAGGCUUCACCAGCAUAAUCUUCGACAUUACCGAGCGCGUUGGCGAGUCCGGAACUGGCCCCGAGAUCGAUGGCCGCGCCAUGACGGCGCAUCUGGAGGAUAUGGUUGGCUCUGACAUCGACACUGUCAAGAUCUGGAAUACCGCCGAGACUGAGUUCAGCAGACUCGAAGCUGGAACACCGGCGUAUACCCUCAUCUCUACGCAGACACCGCACGUCAGCCAACCCCGCGACCAGACGUCCGCCCCCGACUUCACAGCCAUCACACUUACCCUCUUGCGCCUCGAAAAAGUCAAGACCGACAUCCUCAUCACCAUCAACGUGCCCCACAUCAAGGGCGAGUACGACGAGGACGAUGUCGAUCUCGAGCUCGGACGUCAGGGAAAGCUCAUUGGCGAUGCCGUUGAGUAUUCUGCCCGCAUCUGGUCUUCGUUUAAGAUCAAGGACUGGGGCCUGUUUGCCGAUUCUUAAGUCGGCGCAUAUUAUGUUUAGUGAGAGUGAUCACAGUGAGGAGAGCAAGUUUAGACGGAUGCAAGGAAUGCCAGGCAGAUGGAU